UAAUUCAUUCGUAUAUAAUUGAUUACUAACAACAGCCGUUCGCAACAAAUACAUAAAAUAUUAUGGCCUUCAACAAUCACACAAAACUGUGUGAGUGUAUUUACUAAAACGAAGCCUUCUAUCAAUAAAAUGUUGCGAUAAACUCGCGCUGCCUCAUCUAGAAAAAGCAAGGGCUACUGCCAUUACGUGUCUGUACAAUGAUAAGUUUUUAUUUCUAAUCGUUGAAUAAAAUAUUAAAUUAGUUGUUUGUACUAGUUUAUUGUGCGGUACAAAGUGUGUUAGGCGCGUAGUGCAACCAAAACUCCCACAGUAGCAAAUCCUAAUUAGUUAGUGAUUCCAAAAUGCCUACAAGGUCUGAAUAUAGUGAAAGAGAAGCAUGCGAACCUUUGGUGAUAAAAACAGGAAGUCUCUCGACUACCAAGAUUGAAGACUCCAUCUGUAAACCCAUCGAUAAUGUUAGAAGAAAUAAAAGUGUUAUCUUGUUAGAACAUAAAAAGAAUGAUAAAAACAUGGUGAAAUGGAAAUUGGUACCACCUGAUGGCGGAUGGGGGUGGUUGGUGUUAUUCGGAGCCACGAUGGUCAACAUUUUGGUGCCAGGCACUAUCAAAUCUUUUGGAGUUCUCUUUGUUGAAUUCUUGGAAGCAUUCGAUUCAACCACAGCAGAAGGAAUGUGGAUACCAGCUCUGUGUUAUUUUUUGUAUAGUUCGUUAGGUCCAGUUUCGAGUAUACUUUCAGUAAGAUAUUCUUACAGAUUAGUAACAAUUCUAGGAGGUAUUUGUGCUGCUGGAGGAAUGAUACUAAGUUUUUGGGCCAGCUCUGUAUAUUUUCUUUAUGCAAGCUAUGGCGUUUUAGUAGGAAUUGGUGCAGGACUGUCAUUUCCACCAACUGUUUAUAUAGUCUGCAGUUACUUUCUCAAAUUGAGAGGAGUAGCUAAUGGAAUAUGUAUUUCUGGAUCUGCAUUUGGAUCGAUUAUAAUUCCUCCUAUACUUCGCAUAUUGCUAGUUACAUACGGAUACAGAGGUGCUGUGCUACUCAUGGGCGGACUUACUUUGAACGUUUUUGUAGCUGCAUUGUUUUAUGAUAGAGUAGAAAAGCACAUGAAAAAAGAACAAGUUACUUCAGAUGAAGAAAAUGAGGAAAAAAGAGCCAAGUUUACUAUAAGUAAUAACGAGAGUUUAACAUCUCUCCACAAUACACCUCAAAACGAUUCAUUUUUGGAGCACAUAGAAAAGACAACCGACAAUUUUAAUCGCAGCGCAUCAAGUGUAGCUAUGCAAAACAUACAACCUCAACAAAGAGAAAGAAAGGUGAGCAUGCCUCAAAGUCGACAAGAAAUACUCAAAGCAAAAGCUAAAGAAAGUAUGUACAGUAGUUCCACACUACAUCCUGUAUCAGAGAAAGGUAAUAGUACAGCGAUGGAUUUUUACUCUCAAACUCGUCUUCCAAGUAGUAGGCGUAGAUCUAUCGCCCCUCGCAGAAGUACUUCAACUAGCUCUUUCCAAUAUGUUAGUACUCCUUAUCACGGAAGUACUUUAACCUUACAGCCCGAAAUUUUUGCAAGUUCUUUUAGCUUACGUUCCAAUAAAUCCAAAACUAUUCUUGAAGAAGAGGUUCAAAAGCCCAAGUUACUAGAUUUAAGUCUUCUCAAAGAUCCUAUUUAUUUAAUUAUUUUAAUUUCCAAUGCGACAAAUGCUAUCAGUUAUACUAACUUCAUUAUAUUGCUUCCAUCUUAUGCCAAAUCUUUAGGUUUUGACAAAGACCAAGGUGCUAUGCUGCUAUCAAUAGUAUCGGCAUUUGAUUUAGUUGGUCGAAUAGGUGGUUCGGCUUUAUCUGAUUUAACUUCAUUUCCUAAAUGUUACUAUUUUGUCGGUGGACUUUUAUUAUCUGGCAUUUCCCUAAGUUUAUUGCCACUUUUUAUCAACUAUUGGAUAAUUGCAGCCUUUUCUGCUAUUUUUGGUCUAGCAUCUGGUACAUACGUGGGUAUUACAGCUAUUGUGAUGGCUGAUAUGCUAGGAUCAGAAAGAUUGCAGUCAACUUAUGGUAUGGGGCUGUUUGUCAACGGUAUUUUGCAAUUAAUAGGUCCCCCGUUAUGUGGAUUGUGGUACUCUCAAGUUAAUUCAUUUGUAUCACUUUUCAUUUGUCUAGGCAUUGCUCUAACUGCUGGUGCAAGUUUAUGGAGUAUUAUUCCUUGUAUUGGAGAAAAAAAAUAAUGACAUUACAAUUAUGAAUACUCAAACUGCUCUGUUAAAUUCCAUAGUACAAUUGAAUCCAUUUAUUUUAAUACUUAUUUGUACUUAUUUUAGAUUUUAUUAUUAAGGAUUGGAAUUAUGAUGGCAUUUUUAUAUUAUUUAUGUUAUCGUAACUUAAGGGGUGUAUUUUAAAACUAUUUUUCAUCGUUAGUUGUUGUCAUAUUUUAAUAUACAAAAAAGAUGCAACUUUAAAUUCAAAUUAUUCACAGUUUCAAUGCAAUUUAUAAGGUAACAUUACAAAGUUUGCCUAAAUUGUUAGUUCUUUUCUAUCAUUAAUAGCUUUCUUAUUAAUAACUUUCUUCUUCUUCUUCUUCUUCUUCUUAUACAACGUAAUAAAAAAGCUAUGAAAAAAUAUAAACAAUUCAAAUAAAAUAUCUUAUAAAUUGCAAAGUAACUGUGAUUAAUUCGAAUUUAGUGUUGCUUAUUUUUUGGGUUUUAAAAUGUGACAUUUGAAAAAACAUAAUUGUAUGGUUAAACCCAGAUUUCCUUUUGAUAUUCAUCUAUUAAUUGAUAUAAUAAUACAAGUUGUUAAUGUUAGAUUAUAUUUUGAUAAAGACCGAAAUUAGGUCGAAACGUCAAAGAUAAUUUCUAUAAAAAUACAAAUACAUUAUACAAGACCAUUUACUUACGAACAUAUGCAUAUAGAACUAGAAUAUUGGAGAUUGCAGCAAAUUUGAAACUGAUAACUCUUUAAAAAGAGUUUAUCGAUUCAAUAUGAAUGAAUGACGAAUAUUUAAUUAUUCGAAGCCUCGGAAUAUAUAUUAAAAAGAGCACACCUUGGUGUUUUAUUUGCCACAAUCCCACAACAUAAGCGUUUAUAUAUAUAUGUAUAUAUAUAUAUAUAUAUAUAUAUAUAUAUAUAUAUAUAUAUAUUUAUUUUAUUAUUUCUUACACCUUUUUUUAAUUGAUAAAGAUUAAUAAAAAAUUGACGUUUCGACUUAACUCAGUCCUUAUCAAAAUAUGAUAUUGACACUGACAAUUUGCGUAUUUAUAUUAAAUUAAUACAUCAUUAACAUCAAAAUAAGAAUAAAAUCAAAAUAAGAAAUUUGUCCUAAUAAGAAAAAUUAAUUUUUCCUCAGUCCUUACAUAUCAGAUAUGUAGCAGUAUUUAAUCAAUUUAAUUAUUUGUAGUUUUAUUAGAAUUUACAAAAUCAAAUUUUAAAUUUUACUUAAAUUAUUUAGGUCCUUUUUAUCCUUUAUAGUUUUUCGGUAAUACAUAUGGUAAGGAAAAAUGUUUCUGUUAUUUUUUCAAUUGAUUUUACUAGUUGUGACGCUGUCUACAUAGGGCAGACCUCUCAGUAUUUAGAAAGUAGACUAAAAGGUCAUCAAUACGAUAAAAAAAUAGAACUGCAUCAACGAACCAUGAAAUACCAAAAAAACGUAAAUUCAAUUAUAAAGAUUCAAAAAUUCUUGGAACGGAAUCUAAUAAAGGUAAAAGAGAAUUUUUAGAAAUGGUUCACGUUCAUAAGAACGAAAAACUAUAAAUGAUAAAAAAAAUCUAAAUAAUUUAAGUAAAAUUUAAAGCUCUAUUUUGUAAAUUCUAAUAAAACUACAAAUAAUUCAAUUGAUUAAAUACUGCUACAUAUUUGAGAUGUAAGGACUGAGGAAAAAUUAAUUUUUAAUAAUAGAAUAAAUUUCUAUUUUGAUUUUAUUCCUAUUUUGAUGUUCAUGAUGUAGUCGAUCUUUGAUUUAAUAUAAAUAAGCAAAUUGUCAGUGUCAAUAUCAUAUUUUGAUAAAAUCUGAAGUUAAGUCGAAACGUCAAUUUUUUAUCAAUCUUUAUCAAUAUGUCAAUUAAACAAACUAAUAUUGAAACAGAAGAGACCGAAAAUCAAGAACAUUUAGAAGUAUUAAUAUUACAAAAUGUAUAAGAAAUAAGGAAUUAAUAAAUUCUUGAUUUUAUGUUAUUAAUUAAAAUUUCGUUCAAGCAUAUAAUAUUGACGUUUCAACUACUUUCAGUCUUUAUCAAAAUAUGAUUUGGAAUGGCAAUUUGCGCAUUUAUAUUGAUCAAUAGAUCAAUAUCAAAAUAAAAAUAUAAUAGAAAUCGGUUCAAACUUGUUUUCACAUCUCAAAAAUAUGUAGCAGACAUCUAUCAAAUUAUUAGUAGUUGCAUUAAAAUUUAUGAAAUAGAA